UUUAUUUUCUGUGUUUCAUUUGGUUUGAGUUUUUCUUUGAUUUCAAUACUGUGAAUAACUGUGACCCAAACUUAGCUUGAAGUGGACUGCAUAUUUUUGGGUUGUGGAGUUGUACAUUUGUAUGGACAACCUUAGUUUGAAGUGGCUAAGUUAUUUAAAUUUAUUUUCGAUAGAGAUCCUUUAUUUGAAAACCUUGAUUCAUGUUCAUGUGUGUUUUCGGAUUGCUUUCUGAUGUCUUCUUUUGCAUCAAUUAAGCUGUUGGACUAUGAAUUUAAUGGGAAUUCUUGGAUGCUAACAUCCUUCUGUAAUCAAUUGGGACGGGCCCUGUUUAUUGGGUGUAAGUCGUAUUAAUCUUUUUCCCGCACUUCUUCCUGUCAGCAGCUGAAGUGAGUAAAUGCUAUUUCUGUAUUGCAGUAUUUUCUAGUGUUUUCAUACUUGUCCAUUUUCAACAUAUGGCAGGUGCCUUGGAGUUGGCUUCAGCAGGCAUUUCUAUAAACAUAUUUAACUAUAUAUCAAAGGUUUUUAAUAUACCUCUACUGAGUGUUGCUACUUCUUUUGUUGCUGAGGAUAUCUCAAAGAAUGCAAUUGAAGAUCCUUCAUCAGAUUCCUUAGAAGGCUGUACUGAUGAGAAACUAGUUGCGCGGUUAUCGGAGAGAAAGCAGCUAUCUUCAGUUUCUACUGCCCUAUUGUUGGCAGUCGGGAUUGGACUUAUUGAGGCUCUAGCAUUGUAUUUUGGAUCUGGAGUGUUUCUUAACAUCAUGGGGAUUUCUUCAGAGUCGUCCUUGCGCAUUCUAUCCCAACAAUUCCUUACACUUCGUGCCCUUGGUGCUCCUGCUGUUGUUCUUUAUUUGACCCUUCAAGGAGUUUUUCGGGGUUUCAAGGAUACCAAAACUCCUGUUCUUUGUCUAGGCACGCAUCUAGUCAUGAAACCUAGAAUUAUGUUAAUGGAAUUGGAAAUUUGCUAGCUGUCUGUCUUUUUCCCUUGUUAAUUUAUUAUUUUCAAUUGGGUGCAACUGGAGCAGCAAUUUCUACCGUUUUG